CUUGUUGUUUGAUGAUCUACCGGAACUUGAGAUUUUGAGUGCUCAGUUAAAAUAAUUUUUGAAACUCCGUACUAAUGUCCUGUGGAAUUUGUAGGAGCGAUAUGUGGCAAUGGCAACAAGAAGAAGAAUGUUGCCCGCCAACAUAUUCCCAAUUUGCUUUACCUCUAUGGGAUGAUACGAUGGGAAAUCAAACUCCACUUCGAGGAUUUGGUGAUUUCGACUUAGACGAAUUGGAUUUUGGAGAUGAGGUCGAGAAGGGUGUGGAGGAAGCAAACGAGGCAUCAAGAGUGAAAAGGCAUCGUGUUCUAAAUUUUUUUCUAAUGAUGAUGGUGCCACAGCCGUCAAUGAGCAUUUGUCCUCUGAAGUUCAGGAGGACUCGACAUCAGCAAAAAUAUGCACACAAAAUUUACAGUCAAAUCUCACGUGUUCGGAUACACAGUGGUAGGUAUUUUGUCCCAGUCUCAUGCCGUCAAUCCAUUUUGAUCAAUAUAUCUAGUAGAAUUGUUCAAAUUUCUGAUACUACUAAAGAUGUUGCUCUAGAUGUUGUUGAAGAUGCAGUUGUACAAUCACCAGAACUAGAGUUUGAGCCAUUAGUUGAUGAUAAGGAGGCAACAAUCACCACUCCAGAUUAUAAAGUUUGGGCUGUUAUGUGCCAAUCUGAUUUGCUGAAAAAGAGUGCUAAUUGUUGCUGGAAUUCUUUGCAAGCUGCAUGA